AUGGCCGGCUACCAUCGUACAAGGCCCACUCAAGAUAGGUCCACAGCGCUACACGAAAAAAGAUUGCUCUAUCAUGCCUUUAUACUCGAGCAAGACCUAGCCAUGUAUCAUUCAAAACCGCCCUCACUUACAAGCGACCUACUCUCCUGUCUACCAGAGGAGGACCCAGAAGAUGGGCGUAACACGCUUAGGUUUGACGAUGGCUCCACGUUAAACUGGCUCCGGGAGCAGGUCAUCCUGGCGAAUAUCCAAAACAAAGUCUACGACAGGCUUCGCUCGCCGCGGGCUUCUGCACAAUCUCCAGAACAGUUAUAUGCCGGAAUGAUGGAGCUCGACGAAGAGUUACAGAAUUGGAGACAGAACAUCCCCGACAUGGCUCGACCUCAGACUCCUCUAGCUGGCUUGGAUGAUAUGCGUCUGAUGUCCUUAACAGUACUCCAUUUCUCGUACUAUCAACUACUUAUAUCUAUUCAUUCCGUAGUUUUUAGCAAGGCUGUCCCUCUUUGGCAUCAAUACGAAGAGAGUGACUUGGCCAUCUCUAGUGUUGCCUUGUGCGUCAGCGCCGCGCGGGCUUCGAUCUCGUUACUGAAUUAUCAUGACCAGGGCCACCCGUUCACUAUAUACCUGGUAUAUCACAUCGCAUGGAAUGUUGAUAUCCUGCUUAUCAACAUCUUGGAAAACAAAACUACCCCGCAAGCCCGUGAGGAUUUAGAUCUUCUGGGCACGGUGAUCAGAUUCUUCGAAAAGCAUGAUCCAAACUACGAAAGUGCCGUUCCUUAUCACAUCGCUCGUCUGUAUUACCAAGUUGCGCUUCGGGCUGUUAAUAAUACAACUACUGCUUCACCAAGCACCCGUCAAGAAUGCCCCGCUGGAACAUUAACUACAACCGAGGACAAUGGGCACAGCUCGAAUUUUCCAUAUUCUAGCCAUGGUGACGCAAUGGAUACGGGUACACCAACACCGGCAUCGGGUUCAAACGGGUCCCCAAACCCUCAGCUAUACUCGUGGGGGAUGCAGCUUAGCUUCCUACCUGAGCUUUGGCAGGAUCCCCAUCUCGCCAUGUUGGACGACGGCUUAGCUGAACACUCACCCGACACCUAA